GAGGAAUUCCCUGUCGACUGCCAGAAGCCGAACGAGAUGAACGUGAGCGCCCUCAUCACAGGCCAUGAGACUGUCGGCGACCAUACCGAAUUCGUUGUGCAGAUCAGCUGCAGCGGGGUCGUGUGGCUCAUCUCCCGGCGAUUUAGCGACUUUGAUCAACUGCAUUGCAAACUCGAGAGCGUGUUCCACGCAGCCUUGACAGCGCGGCUCCCAGAGAAGCAAUGGUUUGGGCGGUAAGCUAUGCAAGUGGACGAGAAAUUCAAGGAUGAAACCCUGGAGCGCAAAGCCGAACACGACCUCCAUCUGUGUGUGUUCAUGGGGGGGGAGGGGUCCUGCAAGCAAUGGCGACGACGACGUGUCUGGACUGGGGAUGGCUGUGCCUUGUGCAAUGCGGAUACGAAGGACGAGGACGACGUCUUCCACGCAGACAUGUCUGUGGCGGAUCGCGCCGGAUGAAUGUCAAAUCACUUGAUCUUAUCUGAGGCUGGCAAGGCACGGCUGCCCUCCGUCCCUCAACACGCGCCGUCGACAGCUUCGCGGCAAACGCGAUUCCAUCAGAGAAUUUCUUUCCAUGAUACUCGUCAUUCGUGCUUCAUUCGAGCCUCCACUGUGUGCCCAUCUUGUAGCUUCGAUCCCAACUUCAUUGCAAAGCGUCAAGCUGGCCUCCAGGCGUACUUGGACGCAUUGCUCCAGGUGUACGGCAUCUUGGAGGACCGAUCUCUGCAACAUUUCUUCGAGAUCGAGAAGAACGUGGAGCUUCACACGGACCACAUUCGACAAUCGACGCAGUCGGUUGGGUCGAACGGGCAUGUCAAGCUCAUGUCCGAAACGGAUCGGUGGCAGCUCAUCGUGGAGAAGGCGGAACACGAGUUGAUUGAUAUCUCGGAAGUCCCAGAGCCCCUCGAGGUCGAUCAAGCGCGACAAAAGCGAGCCGAAGUACUCGCAGCGUACACAGCCACGAGAUCUGCCACGGUUCGAAGCCGCCCAUUGAAGACGGUCCCGACCUUUUGGGACGGAUCGACUGCCCCUGGCCCGCAUGCAGCCACGUCGGCCUGGUUGCGCCAACUUCAUGGUCGUCUGCACGAAGCGUUCCAAACCCAGCAGUCCAUCAAACAACCGAGCGAAGACCUCAUUGCAUUCAUGCCGCCUCCCGUGGACAUGGUGGCGGCGCAUUAAUGCACCCCGAACUCGAACGACGGAGAAGGAUCUCUCUCCAGCGAUGAGAUGGAUUGGCGACGUCCAUCCGUGUGCUGGAUAAGUACAAGAAUAAAUAUCUGAUUGAAGCAACUACCA